AUGUCUCCUAGUGACUUUACAAUUCCACCAGGGUCUCUGGUCGUGGUGACAGGUGCGAAUGGUUUUAUUGCCAGCCACGUGGUGGAUCAACUUCUCCAAGCAGGCUUUCGAGUCCGCGGUACCGUUCGCAGCACGAAGCGAGGCGGUUGGACCGUGGAUUAUUUCAAUGGGAAAUAUGGGGACGGGAAAUUCGAAUUGAUUGAGGUACCGGAAAUGGGAGAUCCUGGGGCGUUUGAUGAAGCGGUCAAAGGCGCAGCGGGCUACAUUCAGAUGGCCACACCAGUCAUGGAGUCAUAUGACCCGAAUGUGGCUGUGCCGAAUGUAGUUAACGGCGUGUUGAACGGGUUGAAGGCAGCAGCGAGUGAGCCAUCUAUCAAGAGGUUCGUGAUGACUUCAUCGUCAACGGCAGCAGUCAGUCCUCAGCCAAACAAGGAGUUCUCGGUGACUCCUGAGACCUGGAACGACGAAGUAGUGAAACAAGCAUGGAUUCCCCCGUACAAAGGGGUACAGAAAAGGCUUGACGUUUACACUGCCACGAAGACCGAGAGCGAGAAAGCUGCAUGGAAAUGGGUCAAGGAGAAUAAGCCCAACUUUGUACUGAAUGCGGUCUUGCCAAAUGCUAACAUGGGCACGGUACUCGACGUCAAGGGUCAGGGAGCGCCAAGUACCGUGGGUUGGAUCAAGGCUCUGUGGAACGGAUUUGAAGGAAGUGAAGACUUGAAGGAAAACCCACCUCAGUAUUUCGUCAAUGUUCAGGACACGGCAAGGGUUCACGUGGCAGCGCUUUUGUAUCCCGACGUCAACAACGAACGACUCUUCGCCUGGGCAUAUCCAUACAAUUGGAAUGACAUUCUCGCCAUCUUGAGGAAAUUGUACCCCAAUCAGAAAUUCAUUGAAGAUAUUCCGGAUCUUGGACGAGACUUGAGCAAAGUCACCAACGACAGAGCCGAGGAGCUAGUGAAGCGAUUUGGACGACCAGGUUGGACCAGCUUGGAGGACUCGAUCCGCGAUGCUACAGUUGGUUGGGCUUGA